AUGGCUGCACAUGACGUGGAAGACAUCUGGGAAUCUGCAGAUGGUGAUAUGAAUACCGAGCAGGUGGAGCGAGUCACCAACCUCGACGAAAUGUUCACUGAGGCUAUCAACUGGAAAUCCAUCGAGCGCGGUCGUGACGGUCAUUCUUCUUUAGAGGAUCCAUAUUUUGGCUCUCGAUCUCCCAUUGGAAUGAACUUCACACGAGCUAAGGCUGGUGGAAUAGACGAUUAUGGUACAUCGAAUCUCAGCUCGGGCUACCGCCGGCAAUCUCCAAUAUCGGCCUUUGACUCCCCAGCAAGUUUCAUGACCGCGAGCAGCCGUGCUACCUUCUUCAGUGCAAGGUCAACGUAUAGUAGUCCUGCAUACACGUCAGCGAGCGGCUACAAUCCAGCGACGAGGAUUGAAACCAUUCGCGAGGAUGAGCCGCCCGCGCCUGGACUCUCGUCACUGCUUAUACAAUUACAUAAAGACUUCUACUCCCGUCUUCGUGAGCGAGAGAUCAUUCAGCCUUUUGACAAAGAACUCAACUGGUCUGGCAAGGGCCAGCACGUUACAUUUUCGGCCACAGACGUGAUCCCACUGUCACACAUAUCGCAUCUAGGGUCAUCCAUGUGCGCGAGUGUCGACAAAGUACUCUGUCGUAGGGUAGCUCUUGCACGGAAAACCAUGAGGUGUGAUCGAAGAUGGACUGUGACCGAUGCUCUACAAGAGGUCUAUCAUCUACAGAACCUCCGCCAUUAUCACAUUGUUCAGCUUGUGGGGACCUAUCUUCAAGGUCGUAACUUCUCGAUCUUAAUGUAUCCAGCCGCGGACAUGCAUCUUGGGACAUUUCUAGAAGACACACUGGAUAUGUCUAUGGAGGAUUCGAUGGAUCGCAGAUAUUUCCUCGGUUCAACACUAGGCUGCCUUACUUCAGCUGUGGCUUUCAUCCAUGAACAGACGACAAAACACAUGGAUAUAAAGCCUCACAAUAUCCUUGUCAGAUCCGAUGGCUCUUGGCGGCGUGUCUAUAUCACCGACUUUGGACUCUCGCGUUCUUUUGCUUCGCAAGGUCACAGUCAAACCGAUGGUCCUACCUCACGGACGCCUAGAUACUGCGCACCCGAAGUGUAUAAUUACGAACAAAGAGGUCGAUCUGCAGACGUAUUCUCGCUUGGCUGCGUUUUCCUCGAGAUCCUGACCACUGUAUGUCACAUAGAUCUGCAUGUAUUUACUGAUGCGCGCCGGGGUGACGGUGACGAUGAAUCAUUCCAUGCAAAUCUGGAAAGAGCAGUUUGGUGGGCUCGCCGAAACCUACGUGCUUCCAAGCCUGUUAUAAACAUUAAAAGGGGGGCGGUUGCUGAUGAUGCCGUACUGGAGAUGGCUGCCGAAUUGGUUAUCAGUAUGGUCGCCCAAGAACCUGAGAAGAGGCCCACAGCAGUGGGAGUCCUUAGCCAUCUCACGAGUCUACCACUAAGGCCCUUUGGGCCCAUGCACUGCUGCCGUAGCCCCCCGGAGCUCUAUGAAGCAUAUGAACCCCCUUGCUGA